GGUUGUUGAUGAUGGUCAGCAAAAGAGUUUAAAUAGCGAACGAUGAUGUUAGUCGUUCGCGAUGUCUCUAACUAGGUAGCUUUUGUGAGUUGGCUACUUAGCUAACGUCAGCUAAUUUACAUGUAGCUGGCAAAUCAUAGCCAACUAUUUUGUGCAUUUUAGUUACUAACAUUAACGUAAUGCAAUCGUUUAGCGAGCAGCUAGCUAGAUGGCAGGUUAGCUUACUUGUCUAACGCUAGCUAACGAUAUUCAAUGAGAUCGUCAGCAACGUUUAAGACAUAUUACGGCAAGCUAGCUAGUUUGAUCAUGUGCUGAACGAUCAGUAGCUAGCUAGUUAAGGUGUCAGUCAGUAUAGUGCUAGCUAAAGGUAUAACGUUAGAUAAAGUCAGAUUUGCCUAGCUAAAUUGCAGACCUGGAUUUACUGAAAAAUGCGGCGAAUACAUAAGAAAUGAACAAACCAGGUCAAUGAGCUGUAGUUGCUAGCUAGUAGGCUAAUAAAUUCGUUUUUAUGUUAGACCAGGGUAGCUAGAAUCACCUUACUGAAGUUAGCUAGGUUUAGCUAGCUACCGGUUUAGAUGGGAGAGUUGUAUGGUUGUGGUUAAUUAGUUUGCUACUUUCAAAGAGGAAAGAGUAUCAACUUCAGUGACUUGCUAAGGUAACUAUAUUACCGACUAGUCGGACGGAUCGGUGUUGGUUAGUUCCUCACUUUUUAGCUGGCAAAUGACGUUACUGCGCCCGAUCUUGUGUCGUAACGUUAAAGACACGGGAGUAGCUAGCUUGCCAACUUUUCAGGAAACAUGCUGGACGAAAAAUUGAUGUAAAUGAAUGUGGUUUCACCACGAAGAGUGUGACCGGGUUUUGUUUUAUUGACUAUCAAUUUAUCGUGAACAGACAGACGGGCGGUCUGUCGGUCGGCGAGCACCAUGGCUGAAACCAACCUGAAUGACUCCAAUGUGAAGGUCGCCGUCCGAGUGCGACCAAUGAACAGGAGAGAAAAGGACCUGAACACGCAAUGUGUGGUGGAGAUGGAGGGAAACCAGACCGUGCUUCACCCUGCCAGCGGGAACCUGGGCAAGGGAGACACCAGGUGUCAACCAAAGGUCUUUGCCUACGAUUACUGCUUCUGGUCGAUGGACGAGUCCGAAACGGACAAGUUCGCGGGUCAGGACGUGGUGUUUCAGUGCCUUGGGGAGAGUCUUCUGAACAAUGCCUUCCUGGGCUACAACGCCUGCAUCUUCGCCUAUGGACAGACAGGCUCGGGGAAGUCCUACACCAUGAUGGGCUCGGCGGACCAGCCGGGCCUGAUCCCGCGGCUGUGCAGCGCGCUGUUCGAGCGCACUCUCCAGCAGCAGCGCGAGGAGGAGAGCUUCACCGUCGAGGUGUCCUACAUGGAGAUCUACAACGAGAAGGUCCGCGACCUGCUGGACCCCAAAGGGAGCCGGCAGGCCCUGAGAGUGAGGGAGCACAAGGUUUUGGGGCCCUACGUGGACGGCUUGUCGCGCCUCGCCGUGACCAGUUACAAGGACAUCGAGUCCCUGAUGUCGGAGGGGAACAAGUCGCGCACCGUGGCCGCCACCAACAUGAACGAGGAGAGCAGCCGCUCGCACGCCGUCUUCAACAUCAUCCUCACGCACACGCUCAAGGACCUGCAGUCGGGGACGAGCGGGGAGAAAGUGAGCAAGCUGAGCCUGGUGGACCUGGCAGGGAGCGAACGAGCCGCCAAGACCGGCGCCGCAGGGGAGAGGCUGAAGGAGGGCAGCAACAUCAACAAGUCUCUUACCACCCUGGGCCUGGUGAUCUCGGCGCUGGCGGACCAGGGCGCGGGGAAGAACAAGAGCAAAUUCGUGCCCUACAGAGACUCGGUGCUCACCUGGCUGCUCAAGGACAGCCUGGGAGGGAACAGCCGGACCGCCAUGGUGGCGACGGUGAGCCCGGCGGCCGACAACUACGACGAGACCCUGUCCACCCUGCGCUACGCUGACCGCGCCAAGAGCAUCGUCAACCACGCGGUGGUCAACGAGGACCCCAACGCCAGGAUCAUCCGGGAGCUGCGGGAGGAGGUGGAGAAGCUCAGGGACCAGCUGACUGAGGCUGAGUCCAUGAAGGCCCCAGAGCUGAAGGAGAGGCUGGAGGAGUCUGAGAAGCUGAUCCAGGAGAUGACCGUCACCUGGGAGGAGAAGCUGAGGAAGACCGAGGAGAUCGCACAGGGGAGACAGAAGCAGCUGGAGAGUCUGGGCAUCUCCCUGCAGUCAUCCGGCAUCCGGGUCGGAGAAGACAAGUGCUUCCUGGUCAACCUGAACGCUGACCCCGCCCUCAAUGAGCUGCUGGUGUACUACUUAAAGGAGCACACGCUGGUGGGCGCGGCCGACUCCCAGGACAUCCAGCUGUGUGGGAUGGGCAUUCAGGCAGAGCACUGCGUCAUCGACAUCACUGCAGAGGGCAUUGUGAUCCUCACCCCCCACCGCAACUCCCGCACGUGUGUCAACGGCUCUCCAGUCACAAGCCCGGUGCAGCUUCACCAUGGCGACCGCAUCCUCUGGGGCAACAACCACUUCUUCAGGAUCAACCUGCCCAAGCGGCGCUCGCGGGGCGGGGCCGAGGAGGAGGAGGGCGGGGCCGGGGCGAUGAAGGGCAGCAGCAGCAGCGAGCAGCUGGACGCUGACGGGGACACGGCCAGCGAGGUGUCCAGCGAGGUCAGCUUCAGCUACGAGUUCGCCCAGACCGAGGUCAUGAUGAAGGCACUGGGGAACAACGACCCCAUGCAGGCGGUGCUGCAGAGCCUGGAGCGGCAGCACGAGGAGGAGAAGCGCACGGCCCUGGAGCGCCAGCGGCUGAUGUACGAGCAGGAGCUGCAGCAGCUGCGCAGGCGGCUGACCUCGGACAAGCAGACGCUGCAGUCGCCGCAGGCGUCCCAGCAGCAGUACCGCAGCAUGGAGCGGCUGAGCCUGGGCGGGGCCUCGGCGGUGGCGGUGGGGGCGUCGCCCGGCACCCAGAACCGCCUGCGGCAGUGGAGCGAGGAGAGGGAGGCCGUGGUGACCCGCAGCCUGCGGAAGCUGAGGGAGCAGAUCGUCAGGGCCAACCUGCUGGUGCAGGAGGCCAGCUUCAUCGCCGAGGAGAUGGACAAGAGGACUGAGUACCGCGUCACCCUGCAGAUCCCCGCUGCCAACCUCAACGCCAACAAGAAGCGUGACGCGGUGCUGAGCGAGCCGGCCGUGCAGGUGCGGAGGAAAGGCAAGGGCAAGCAGAUCUGGGCCCUGGAGAAGAUGGAGAACCGGCUGGUGGACAUGAGGGAGCUCUACCAGGAGUGGAAAGACUACGACGAGGACAACCCCUUGAUGCGAUCCUACUUUAAGAGGGCGGACCCCUUUUUCGAUGAGCAGGAGAACCACAGUCUGAUCGGGGUGGCGAACGUCUUCCUCUCCUGCCUCUUCUACGACGUGAAGCUGCAGUACGCAGUGCCCAUCAUCAACCAGAAGGGGGAGGUGGCGGGACGGCUGCACGUGGAGGUGGUGCGGGUGAGCGGCGGGUUCGAGGACGGCGUGGCCGGAGGGGAGGAGCCGGAGGCGGUCCCAGAGGGAGAGAUGCAGGAGCGCAAGCUGGUCUGCAUGAUUAAGAUCCUGCAGGCGACCGGGCUGCCCCAGUACCUGUCCAACUUCGUGUUCUGCCAGUACUCCUUCUGGGACCAGGUGGAGCCCAUCAUCGUGGCCCCGGAGGUGGACCCCUCGGCCUCCUCCCCCAGCAGCAAGGACCCGCAGUGCAUGGUGGUGUUCGACAGCUGCAAGGAGCUCACCUCGACCGUGUCGGAGGACUUCAUCGAGUAUCUGACCGAAGGCGCGCUGGCCAUCGAGGUGUACGGCCACAAGCAGUCGGACGCCCGCAGGAACCAGGCCCUGUGGGACCUGGGCAUCAUCCAGGCCAAGACGCGCACCUUGCGGGACAGGUGGAGCGAGGUGACCCGCAAACUGGAGUUGUGGGUGCAGGUGCUGGAGCUGAAUGAGAUCGGAGAGUUCAUCCCCGUGGAGGUGGUGCCGGCCCGGGAUGUCCGAACCGGGGGCAUCUUCCAGCUCAGACAGGGCCAAUCCAGGCGUGUGCAGGUGGAGGUGCGCUCUGUGCAGGACUCGGGCACCAUGCCCCUCAUUGCCGAGUCUGUGCUGUCCGUAUCCAUUGGCAACGUGGUGAUCCGCCAGGCACGGCCGACCAAAGGCAGCGAGUCGCAUCAGGUGGAAGAUGAUGACAUGGACAGCUACCAGGAGCGGGAUCUGGAGCGGCUUCGGCGGCAGUGGCUGACGGCCCUGACGAAGAGACAGGAGUACCUGGACCAGCACCUGCAGAAGCUGGUCAGCAAGACAGACAAGUCGGAGGACGACAUGGAGCGCGAGUCCCAGCUGCUGGAGUGGCGUCUGACUCUGACGGAGGAGCGCAAUGCUGUGAUGGUGCCCUCUGCCGGCAGCGGCAUUCCUGGAGCCCCUGCCGAGUGGAUCCCUGUUCCUGGAAUGGAGACUCACAUCCCGGUUCUCUUCCUGGACCUCAGUGCAGAUGACUUCAACUCCCAGGAGAACCUGGACGCUCCCGGCGCGGGCGGCUGGGAUGCCACGCUCAGCGGGGAGGACGAGGACGAGUUCUUCGACCUUCAGAUCGUCAAGCACCACGACGGGGAGGUGAAGGCGGAGGCGUCCUGGGACUCGACGGUGCACGAGUGCCCGCAGCUGAGCCGCGGCACGGCGCCGGAGCAGCGGGUGUACCUGACGGUGCGGGCCGCCGUGCAGCUUAGCCACCCCGCCGAGAUGCAGCUGGUCCUGCGCAAGCGCGUCUGCGUCAACCUCACCGGCCGGCAGGGAUUUGCGCAGAGCUUCCUGAAGAGGAUGUCCCAGAGGAGCACUAUUCCCGGCUGUGGGGUCACCUUUGAGAUCGUCUCCAACAUCCCUGGGGAUGCCCAGGGCUCAGAGGACAGGGAGAUGCUGGCCAGGAUGGCCGCCAGCACAGACAACCCCCAGUCGGCCGACAGCGAGGCGGCCAUAGAGAAAUACCUGCGCAGCGUGCUGGCCGUGGAGAACAUCCUCACCCUGGACCGGCUGCGGCAGGAAGUGGCGGUGAAGGAGCACUUGGCAGGCAAAGGGAAGGGCCACAGACGCAGCCUGAGCUCCCCCAACGUGCACAGGUUGUCCGGGAGCAGACAGGAUCUGUCUCUGACCUACAUGUUGGAAGACAACAAGGGCCGCUGGGAGAGCCAGCAGGACAUCUCCAUGGUCUCGCCCCAGCUGAGCCGCACCCUGCCCCGCCCCUCCCAAAACCAGGAGCCGGAGCCAGUGAAAGCCCUCGUCCCACAGAUGCCCAAGCUGCUAAAGUCCCUCUUCCCCGCGCGGGACGAGAAGAAGGACUUGCGCCCGUCACCCCUCGCCCAGCAGACCAUGCCUCGUAUUAUGGUGCAGUCUGCAAGCGUUGAAGAGGGCCCACUCAAACCGAAGCUGAUGGAGGGGCGGAGCCCUGCAACUGACAGACUAUCGGAGAGCCCCGAAGCUCCGCCUUCCUUCACUCAGGAGACACACGACACGCCCCUCAGCCCCGUGAGCGAAGCGUCAAGCGGCUACUUCUCUACCAGCGUCUCCACAGCAACGCUAUCCGAGGUCUCCAUGGCGAGCGGGGACCCGACUCCCGCUGCCAACUUGGCUCCGGCAAACAUCACCGCGCCGCCCAGUCAGGGAGGCCACGAGGGCGGUGACAUCACGGCAACCUCUGUUAAUUCCACUGCUUGCGUUGAAGCUGGCGAAGAGAGCAGGCCGUCCGAGCAGGCUGACAGAGAGGAGGUCCCUCCUCAGAGGACUCGCGCCCCCAAAGACCAGCAGACAGCAGACAGCAAUGGCCACGCCUCUCCCCUGCCCCCUCAACCACACCAUGCCUCUCCCCCUUCCACUCCCCCCGAAACACAUGAGGCCAGCCCUCCUCCCGCACGAGAACAGCAGGUCAGCCCCCCUCCCCCACAGGAUCAUCAGGCCAGUCCCUCUCCCCCCGAAACGCAACAGGCCGGCCCCCCUCACCCCCAAACGCAACAGGCCAGCCCGCCUACGACAUCGACACCUCAAAUGAAAUCAUCGAAAUCCGCCGCAGCCAACCCCUUCAAAAUACAGAAGGUGAAGACGUCUGACCUCAAGUCCUUCAGACGCAUCCUGGAUGAGGAGGAGCAGGGGGCGGAGCAGGCCGAGGUCCUGGAGAAGCUGGAGAUCCUCUCGGACUCGGAGGAGGGCCGGGACCAGGCCGUCCCCGAUUGGCUGAAGGAAGGGGAGCAUGUGAUGGUGGGCACCAACAAGAGCGGCAUGGUGCGCUACGUCGGGCCUGCCGAUUUUGCUGAGGGUGUCUGGGUCGGCGUGGAGUUGGACACCCCUGCAGGUAAGAACGACGGCUCAGUGGGCGGGCGGCAGUACUUCCACUGCAACCCGGGCUAUGGCGUGCUGGUGCGGCCCAACCGGGUGAGCCCUGGGGGCGGGGCCAAGCGACGCGGCGAGAACCGGCGCAGCGGCAACUUCUCCGGCUCCAGCCCCAACCUGGCCGCCCUCACCGCCAUGGCCAAGGGCGAGGGGGGCGGGGCCACCCGCCGGGGGGAGAACCGCAAGUCCUGGAACAGCUGA